UCCAAAUCCUCUUUCGAUUUUUCUCGACCAGUUUGCAAUCUCCAAAAUCUAAACUAUUGCAGUAGUGCAGCCGGAUUCUAUUGGCCCUGAAACCGUAUAAUCUUGUCAAAACUUGUAUACUUCGACUUGUUCGUGAGAAUUGUAACUGACUAAUUUUGGUUAUCGAUGUGAUUUUGAAGUACCGUUGGAGUGACAUGUGACUACAGUAUGUACACAUCAACUGUAAUACCAAAUAUAUGGUAACCCAGUGCGGUAACAGUUUGAUGGAUUUUACCAGUGGUGAAUUAUCUACCUACUUUGCUCCUGGUUUUCGACUCGGAUAAGAACCAAACCUGAAAAAAAAACUGUUCAUUUUUUUCUUCUUCCAUUAAGGCGCAUCAGUACUUGAAACAAGUUAUUCCCAGGGUACGGUACUCGAAUAAAACUUGAUUCGUGCUGUAUCUGUCUCAUGAAGUGACACAACUGGCAUUUUUAACCCAUUUUGGUUUCAUGAAUAGAGGGACGCAACUAAAUAACCCGAAAUAAAUUGUAUGGUUGUUUUUUUAAGUGAUUUAACGAAAAGGACGGAAAACGAGUUUAACUGGCAUUUCGACCAUCAAAGAAGACAAGACGAACACAAGAGGAAGUCAACUGCAGCUAUAUACUGCUUCCCUAAUAGUUGCCUUCACAUUGAAAGACAACAGUUGACAGUAGCAAGUCACAAGAAAAUGUUGGAUUUCCCGGAUAAAUCAGAAACCCGGAACAAAACACGCUACCGAAUCAGCGGUCGUUUUUUCAAACACUUCUCCAAUAACUCGUCGAUUCAUGGACUGAAAUUCAUUACGCAAGACGGGGUUUCGUGGUUUGAACGUUUCAUGUGGAUUCUCGUUUGUUUGUGUGGAAUCCUCUUCACGUCCUUUUUCUGUUGGAAAAUUUGGCUAAAGUACGAAAACUCGUCCGUUUUCACGUCACUCGAAUCCCCUCGAUUCCCGCUCAAUGACAACCCAUUCCCAGCAGUAACUAUUUGCAGCGUCAACAAAAUAUCAGAGAAAAGAUUACGCUUCGCCCUCCUUGAUCCAAGGUACAAGAAUGUUUCGUUUGCUACCAUUCAAAGGACGCUAAGGUACAUGACGAAACUAGAUCGAGCCACAAAGAAAGAACAUGAUUUGGGAGUCUUGAGUCGCUUCUACAAAUCGGAGAACAUAACAGCAACUGAUUUGUUCGACUUACUCAAAAGGACUGCUCCCCAUUGUCGGGAUUUUGUCAUGGACUGCAUAUGGCAAGGGGUGCCGGAUAAAUGUAACGAUUAUUUAUCCUACCGUCCUACUGAUGAUGGAAUGUGCUGCACUUUCAACGGAGCUUACUACAACGACCAACAACUGGGAAUCCAAUCCAGAAAUUACCAGCCGUUACAAAUCGAUGGAAAUGGAUACCGAAUGGGUCUCUCUUUAGUACUGGAUGCUAACGUAAAUGAUUAUAGUGUAACCAACGGCAAGUUCGACGGCUUCAAGGUACUGGUUCACGGCGGUGAACAGUUUCCGGACAUAUCUGAUCGCGGCUUUGCCCUGGGUGUUGGAACCGAAACGUACGCCGGACUCAAAGGGAUUUCCACUGUGAUCUCUAAUCAGGCGGUCUCUACAGUGCCACAUAAGAAACGUGGGUGUGUUGUUGACGGAGAAGUACAAUUGAAUUACUUCACACGGUACAGUCAGUCGGCCUGUGUAGCCGAAUGCACCACACGGAAAAUGCAGAAGCUUUGCAACUGUCGGCCUUACUUCUUCCGAGCUGAAGAAUCAGUGCCGCUAUGUGAUGUGGAAAACUAUUCCUGUAUCUCCGAGGUUUAUGAGGAAAUGCGGCGGAACGGAAUAAAUACGUGUGGCUGUUUGCCCCAGUGCAAUGACCAGUGGUUUGAACCAGAAAUAUCUCAAGCCAGCUUCCCAGGACGAGGCUUUAAUUCAUCCCGUACCUUCACUCGUUUGGCAGAAAAACUAAAUCUAGAACCUGAUCUCCAGUAUUUCAAGUCAAACGUGGCAGUCCUACACGUUUAUUUCAAGGAGAAGACAAGUUUCCUAUACAAGACCGACAUUCACUACGGAAUUGAGGACUUUAUUUCGGCUGUGGGCGGUAUCUUAAGCCUGGGCUUAGGCAUGAGCUUCAUUGGUGCCGUCGAGUUGCUAUACUAUCUUUUCUUUAGAUGCUACGUCCCUGUACUGUCUUCCUCACAGGAACGGUCAAGUGAAAACUCGACGGAAGAACCUCUUCCACUUUCUUAUCGCUCGGAAAAAGACAACAGAUCGCUACAUUCAUCAAGUAACUCGCCAAAUUCUUCCACAUUGAACCUUUCCGAUUCACAGCUCGAAGAAGCGAUAACAAAGCCAGAAAAUGUUAAAAUGGUCGAGAUUGCUCUAGAUUAGUUAUGCAAGGCGUCACCAAUGGCAACGCAAAAACAAAACAAGCAAAAAGCCGUCGCCUUCAAAGCAAGAAUGUUCUCAUAAUCUAUGCACCACAUCGUCUUUAAUUUAUUGAAAUCUGUGAAAGGAAAAUCCGACGUGUGACUCGGAAAAUAAAAUUACAUUAUAUUCAAGAAAUCGUUUGUUUUCAAGUAUCAGAAAUAUUCAUUGUCAAUUUCCAAUAAUCAAGCGCAUGUGAAUGUCCGUCAAAACCGUCCCAAGGCCGUCAAUUCAAUUUCGAAUAGUAUU